AUGGCAUUGAAGGAGCUUGACCACAGCAAUGCGAAAGGGUUUGACAUUGAGCCUAUACCUGGUACCCCUCAGUUGUCGUCACCUGCGGCCUCAGAGCUCGACGACAACUACGAUGUUUACAAACAGCAUGCUGGCGAAGAGAUCGACCCGGCAGAAGCCAAGAAGGUCGUCAGGAAGAUCGACGUGCGAGUGAUCCCGGUGCUCUUCCUGCUGUACCUGCUACAAUAUCUCGACAAGAACGGGAUCAACUAUGCAAGUGUCUAUGGCCUGGAAGAGGGCACUGGGCUGCAGGGACAGGACUAUAGCUGGCUGGGAUCCAUCUUUUACUUUGGCUACAUGGCCGGUCAGUUCCCAGCUUCGUAUCUGAUGCAGAAGCUACCUAUCGGCAAGUUCCUGGCUGCAGCAACCAUCUGCUGGGGUGUGAUCUUGAUCACGACACCAGCUUGCUACAACUUCGCCGGCAUUGCGACGAACCGAUUCUUGCUCGGCUUCGUAGAGUCGACGGUCAAUCCCGGAUUCGUCUUGAUCAUGAGCAUAUGGUACACCAAUCGAGAGCAACCAGUCCGACUUGAGUCAUACUACUGCACCAACGGUGUUGCGACAAUGUUCGGAGGUCUCAUCGGAUAUGCUGUGGGACACAUUAACGGCGGUCUUCCUCGAUGGAUGUACGUCUUCAUUAUCUUCGGAUCAUGCAGCAUUGCAGGUGGCAUCUAUGCGCUGAUCAUGCUGCCUGACCUACCCAAGACUGUGAAGUUCCUGAACGAGCGAGAACGAUUUGUUGCGAUUGAGCGCGUAGCCAAGAACCGACAAGGGGUAAAGAACAGCAGCUUCUCCAAGCACCAAGCUAUUCAGACCCUCUGUGAUCCGAAGACCUGGAUACUCUUCAUUAUGGCAGUUGGUGCUCAAGUGCCCAACUCAGCCUUGACGAGCUUCACCUCCUUGAUCAUCAAGUCCUUUGGCUUUGGAGCAUUGGGAACACAAUACCUACAAAUUCCAGGUGGAGCAGUCCAGUUCCUCUCCCUGCUUGGCGGCGGUAUCAUAUGCUCGAAGUUUCCCAACAUUCGCUGCAUAUCCAUGAUUGUCGCCAACCUGAUAUGUAUCGUUGGAUCUGGACUUCUGGUCGGGCUCCCCGGUAGCAAUAAAUGGGGUCGUCUCGUCGCCAUCUGGCUCUGCUACUUCCAGGGACUAGGCUUCAGCAUGUCUCUGACCAUUGUCAGCUCCAACGUCGCAGGCUACACCAAGAAGCAGCUUACUGGUGCUAUCCUGUUCACUGGCUACUGCGUAGGCAACAUUAUCGGACCACAAACCUUCAAGAGUAACGAAGCGCCAGCCUACACCUCUGCGUACAUCGCUAUGCUGGUAGGAUACUGCGUCAAGCUUACUGCGGUGUGCAUGCUAUACUUCUACAUGUGGGGCGCGAACAAGAAGCGAGACUGGGAAGCAGCGAAUCAAGGUAUGCUGAGUGAGGAGGAAGAGAAGGCGGCGAUUGAGAAUGGAAUGCAUGAUAUGACGGAGCUUGAUAACAAGGGUUUUAGAUAUGUCCUCUAG